AGUCAGCCGGCACCUCCACAUAACACACUGCUGACUCUGUGAUCAGAACUGAUGAUGGAGAUCAGAAUUACGCUGCAUGUCCUCUGCUGUCUCCUCUGUGCUCUCAGUAAAGAGGAGGUGAUGGCCGUUCUCCAGGUAGAAGGAACAGAGGGUAAAGACCUGAACAUCACCUGUACCCACUCCUGGGCCAGCACCAACAUCAAGUACUUCUGCAGGUGGAACUGUAUUGAAAUGGAGGUUCUGAUCCGGUCUAAAGGAGUGGGGAGAACGGCGCAGAGCGGACGGUACUCGCUGUACGACCGAGGAGGAGGAAGCUACACCGUCACCAUCGCCCGGCUGAUGAAGAGGGACUCUGGAAAGUACUGGUGCGGAGUGGAGAGAAAUGGCCUGGACACGUUCCAUGAGCUCCUUCUAAAAGUGCGGGAUGCUCCCCAGGUCACUACACCUCAAACAUCAACACACUUCUCCACUAAAGGUCGAUGGUACUUCAUUCCUGUGUGUGUUCUUGCUGUACUGGUGGUCCUGGUUGCGUCUCUGAUGCUUCAUCAGAACUGGGAAAACAUCUGCAGUGCAUUAAGAGCUUGUUCACCAUCAACGAGAGGCCAGGUCAAUACUGACCAUGUAGAGACCACACCUGGAGACCAGAACCCAGAGAGUCUAAUCUACGAGAACAUGGAGUUUAAAGUGUCUGCAAACCAUAUAGACUAGACUCCAAUGCUAGUCAAUCAGAUUGAGUCAAAAAACUCAAAACAGCUUGACCGGGCCUAAUCCCACUUGAUCUUUUGUUUGUAAUGAUUAUAAUUAUUUUACAGUAUGUGUUCUUGUGCUUUUGCAUCUUCCUUUUCUGGUCUGAUGACAUAUUCCACUUCCCAAGUUCCAUUCCCAUACUCAAAAAUGUAUUAAUGAAAAAUGGUUAAAAAACGAAGCUGCAUCAGUUGUUGAUUUGCUGCGGAAAACAAAUUAAGAUCUAUUCAAAAUUCAUGGGGAUUUCACUGCUGACCCAAUGCCACAAAAUGCUGAUCUGAUCCAUAAUUAUAUGUUUUAACAAUUCUUAAAUUUUAAACUGUGCUGCUGGUCAGAACUCCCAGUUUCAAAGAAAGAGAGAACAGAUUUUUUAUAAAUAAAAUUACUAUUUAAAGUCAAUCUAAUAAUAAUAAAAUCACAGAUUUCACAACAACAAUAUGCUGUGGACUUAUCUGACCCUACAGCAAGAAACUAUUGUAGGAACUAUAAAACUGUAUGUGAACUUUUUGUCUCAGUCUUUAUACAAAUUUAGUUUAUCAUACCCAGCUAUUCUAUUCUGUUCGAAGGUAUAGGAAACAUUUGUUACUGCUUUUUAAAAUAUAUAUUUUUAAAAAGCUCAGGUUAUUUCCAUUGCUAUUUACAGGCUGUAAGCUGUUAACCAAUAAACUGUUUGCUAAAAACCACCUCCUCUUUUUUUAAACAAUAUAUGAUAUACUACUAAUAUAUAUUUUGUACCAUUUCCGGUUCCUGACUGGACCCGAGACCUGUUGAGCUUAAAAAGCAAAAAAAAAAAUGGGAAUAAAUUGGGUUGUUCUUAAACUUUUGAACAGUAGUGUACAUACAUACAUUUUAUAAGGGUUUACUAAAAAAGGAAAUAAAUCAGUACAGCUUGUUAAUACACACAUUACGUUUGAAUCAGGUUGU